AUCACGUGUGUGCAGUUGUGUUGAUACUAUCGCAUCCAGUCGCAUGUGUUACGUACAUAUACAUAUAAUUUAACUUUAAUAAUUAUUUUAAACCUUUAAAAUGGGGAAUAAGAGGAAAAAGCGUGAUGAGAGUGAUUACGAAUAUGAUCCAGGUCCUACACAUUUGCAAAUAGGUCACAUUAAGAAUCAAGAAAAACGUCUUAUCGUUAUACUAGAAAAUGCUCAACUAGAAUCAGUGAAAGUUGGAAAUAGUUUUGAAUUGUUAAACUGCGAUGAUCACACAAACAUUUUGAAGAAAAAUAAUCGCGAUCCGGGCACCUGUAGGCCAGAUAUUGCUCAUCAGUGUCUGUUAAUGUUAAUGGACAGUCCGCUAAAUCGAGCUGGAUUGUUACAAGUUUACAUACAUACAGAAAAAAAUGUGUUGAUAGAAAUUAAUCCACAAACUAGGAUACCGAGAACAUUUAAACGUUUUGCUGGAUUGAUGGUACAAUUAUUACAUAAAUAUGGUGUCAGAGCAUCAGAUGGGCCAAUGAAACUUCUUAAAGUAAUUAAGAAUCCUGUUACGAACCAUCUGCCAGUUGGUUGUCAUAAGCUAUUAAUGUCAUUUAGUGCAAACAAAGUGUUGAAUCCACGAGAACUUGUUCCUGAUAAAGAUCCAAUUGCUAUUGUAGUCGGAGCUAUGGCACAUGGACAAGUCAAAGCAGAUUAUACAGAAGAAACUUUUUCAAUCAGUAAUUAUCCUCUUUCAGGUGCUGUUACAUGUAGUAAACUAUGUACAGCAUUUGAAGAAGUUUGGGGAAUUGUCUAAUAAAAAGCCAUGGAGUUUUAUGUAUUUAAUUUUGAUUUUAUAUCAAUUGCAAGAAAGACUUACAAUUUGAGUAAUUUUUUCUUUGUGAAAUGAAUUUAUGAUCUUUUUCGGUGUUUUCGAUUUUUUUCUAAACAGGUAUUUAACAUGUAUAUAUUAUAUUAAUAUGAAUAUGAUAAAAUUGUUGAAAAAAAAAGACAAACUUGUGAGCAUUAACAGACAUAUUGCAACAAAUUCAAAUAUAAGAAACAAUUGAAUACAAAUUAGAAUUUAUAUCGAUUACAUAAAAUAAAUGUCAAGGUUUGUGCAGGAAAUUUCAAAUAAGCACCUAGAAAGAUUUUCGUAAAAAAAAAAAAAAAAUAGAAUUUUGUUAAAUAAUCGCUAACGACGUGACACUUUCUAAUAAAAAAAUACCGAUUGAGGUAUUCUUAAAAAGAAAGAAAAAUAAUGUGUAUCGUUACAUGAUCUAUUCAAUAAUUUGGAUAGAAUUAACCCUAGAAGACAAAACCGAAUUUGCUGAACUUUAAAGGCAAAAGUGGGAUGGUAUGACAUCUCAAAUCUCUCGAGUGUCUCAAUUUUUCUUAUCAGCUAUAAAUUAAUAGUUAAAUAGUGCAUUUUCUUCGUAUUUUAUCAAUGAGGAAAACUAUGAUGUAUAUAACAAGUUAACAAAUAAAACAAAAUUAAAAUUUUGUACUAUCUUAAAAGAAAAAUAAAUGCACUUUAAGACCA